AUGCUACGUGCCAUGCAGAUCACUCGGAACAACCAUUUGUCUCCUCCGCGGGCAUCUCUCUCGACAACUGAGUCGCCAAAAGCCCCUCCAGCCAAGCGCCCCCUGGCCACAACCAAUGAAGACGUGGACGAUGAGAACCGUCGGAAAGACCCGAAGAUCAGUAGGGCUUGCGACACCUGCAAGAGGAAGAAAAUACGAUGCGAUGGCACGCUUCCAUGCAAAAAUUGUGCCAAGAGAAAGAUCAGUUGCGCCUAUGACGCGAAAUAUGGUCGAGGACGGCCUCCGACUCCGCAACCUUCAACCACGAUCAAUGAACACCAAGACAGAUCAAGAAGUGAUUUGUCACAUGAACUCUCUAUCUGGCACCAACCAGCCCCUGUUGUUUAUGAGGUCUCGGCUUCCCAAGUCCAUUCUCGCGCCUCGCCUGAAAUCGAAAUCGAAGGUCAAUAUUUUGACCCUACCUCGGGAUUGAACUUUCUACAUCGAGCGUGGAAAAAGCUAUUGAUCCAGAAGGAUGAGUCCACAUCCUAUGACUCAAACGACGCGGAGCGAAAUCAACUCCUCACGUCGGCUGGAGACCGACCUUUUCACGUCGACAGUAACACGCCAGAAAGCCUCAUUCCAGAUGCUUCAACAGCAAGAAUGCUGCAACAGUUUUAUUUCGAGACGUGUGUGGUAACAUACCGCAUGUUCCAUCGACAAACUGUUGAAGGCUGGAUGGAGAGGCUCCUCAAGGAUCGGCAAGAAGGACGGCCCAUUGCUCACUCGCUUGGUAAUUCCAGAACUGCGAUUCUCCUUACCAUUAUGGCCAUCGCGACCCUGCGCCUCGAAAAGGUGAACGGGGAAAUGUCAACGGACGAUGAAUCACUUAUUUUGCAACGAAGCGAUCAGUUAUUCUACGCUGGUAUGAGAUUGACCGACAUGGAGAUGGGGUUCCCACGUCUUGAAUCAGCACAGGCACGACUGAUCCAAGUCCUCUAUCUUCUUCAAACAUCUCGCAUGAACAAAGGCUGGUAUACAUUCGGGAAUACAUUUCAUAUCACUCUCUCGCUGGGUAUGCACAGGAGACGGGAUCAGAAACGAGAUUUCCCUUUCACAAGCAGGCGACAAAAUUACAUCACUUCAGAGUGCUAUAAGCGCACCUUUUGGGCGGCAUAUAUCAUCGACAGAUAUCUGAGUGUUGUAUUUGGCCGUCCGCGACUUUAUCAAGAUGAAGACAUUGAUCAGAAUUUCCCAGAUAAUGUAAAUGAUGAGGACAUGACACCACAGGGACCUUCCAUUUCAGAUGACCCCGCCGACUGUUAUAUCGACGCUCUCAUAUUUCACGCGAAAAUUGCACGAAUAAUUGGAAAAGUAUCACGAGAAGUAUACUCAGUAAGCGACCUGUCCAACCAAGAUCGCUUAGCAGCCGCCCAUCGGUUGGGCAGCGAAUUGCAUGAAUGGCGUGCAAACCUGCCACCACACUUGGGUACUGUGAAACCAUCAACAUUGAUGCCCAGCUUCCGGCGUCAGGCUAUCGCCUUGCAGCUCGCGUAUUCUCAUGCCCUCAUUCACGCCAAUCGGCCCUUCCUUUUGAGUGAAGCAGCGUCUGAGAAUGUCGCCGAAUGCAUCUCUGCCACCAAGACCAGUUUAGAACUUGUCAACAAAAUGGCGGGAGAUAGUACGCUGUUUCAUUCCUUCUGGUGGACUCACUAUGUGAUUUUCUGCGCAUUGGCCGUGGUUUAUGUUUGGGAGAUUCAACGAACCACACGAUCCACUGAUGAGAUUGACGAUCAGUCUCUGGGUAAAAUCUUUGAUCUCGCAGAGAAAUGCCGUGGUCAUCUCAAGCGAGCAUCAACUGGUCUAUCGCAAAACCAACGAUACAGCAUCAUACUCGACGAAUUGAGAACCGAGGCACAAAGAUGUCGAUUUAGGAGGGAAAAUCCGCCGAAUUCACAACAAGGUGGGUUUCAUGGCGGUGAAGUCAACACCAAUACAGAUAUGGGCUUUCCUCUAUUGCAGGAUCCCGCUAUGUUCGGGUCUGACCCGGAAGCUAUGCUUCAUGAAGGCAUCAUGCCGAACAUGCUGGACAGCUUUCUAUUCAGUGACUGGCAGACUCUUGAUUCAUCGGCUUUUUUCCCAUUGCCUGAUCCGAGUUCCGUUUCCCCAACAUAUCUUCCCCCUGUUCCAUGA